UUGGACUUCGCCCUCCUCUUCAGUUUGGACUCCUUAAAUCCCUCCUGCCCGAGCUCCUCCCUGCGCUGCUCAUAGACAGGGUAGUGUAUGGGACUACUAGCUCAGUUUACAGAUGGAGAAACUGAGACUCGACAAGGCUAAACCACCUGUCCAAGGUGCCCAGGGCUGUCCGGCCCCACAACCGGGCUCUGGACCCCAACUGGACAGCUGUCCUGUGGGCAGGAACCAGCCCUCUGCGAGAAGCAAAACACACCGUAGACUUUACGAGAUCCAGGGUGUCGGUUCCGCUCCCCGAAUGAGGUAAGAUGCGGGCUGAGGUCUCGUUCGUCCAUGACUCGGAUCCGGUGCCAGUCUCCCCAUCUUCUCCACAGAGGCGGUUCUGCUCCUCCUACGAACGAAGAGCCACGCCCCCACCCACUUCCGCCUCCGCGCGAGGCUUUAUGGCCUCAGCGGCCUCCGUAGCUCCACCCACUAGGGGAUCGGCCCUAGAGCACGGGCCUGCCUUCGACCGGCAUGAAGCCGCCGCAGCGGCGGCGAACCGUCCCGGCGCGCUAUCUGGGCGAAGUGACCGGCCCCGCGGCCUGGAGCGCCCGUGAGAAGCGACAGCUACUGCGACUGCUGCAGGCGCGGCGGGGCCAGCCGGAGCCGGAUGCCGCUGAGCUGGCCAGGGAGCUGCCCGGCCGGAGCAAGGUUGAGAUCCGGGACUUCCUCCAGCAGCUCAAGGGCCGUGUGGCCCGGGAGGCCAUUCGGAGGGUGCAUCCAGGUGGUGGUCCAAGGCGCCGGGAGGCACAGACCCCUGCCCCCAUAGAGAUAUGGAUGGAUCUGGCUGAGAAGAUAACAGGCCCGCUGGAGGAAGCCCUGACAGUGGCUUUCUCGCAGGUGCUCACCAUCGCGGCCACAGAACCGCUCAGCCUCCUGCACUCCAAGCCCCCCAAGCCCACGCGGGCCCGAGGAAAGCCACUACUAUUGAGCGUCCAGGGAGUGCAGGAGGACCCCACCCCUGAGGCUCCUGGCCCCGCCCCUGAGGCUUCUGGCCCCACCCCUGAGACUCCUGGGCCCGCCCCUGAGGCUUCUGGCCCCACCCCUGAGGCUUCUGGGCCCGCCCCUGAGGCUUCUGGGCCCGCCCCCGAGUCAUCUUCCGGGUCCCUGGCUGGCCGGUCCACCGAGGGAGACUUCACCGUGGACUUUGAGAAGAUUUACAAGUACCUGUCCUCCUUCUCCCGCAGUGGCCAUGGUCCUGAGCUCUCAGCAGCUGAAUCGGCUGUGGUUGUUGACCUGCUCAUGUCGCUUCCAGAGGAGCUGCCCCACCUGCCCUGCACGGCCCUGGUGGAACAUAUGGCAGAAACAUACCGACACCUGACUGCCCCUGAGCCCAGUCCUGCUGGAGGGAACCCGGGGCCUGGGGCUGAGGGUGAUAGGACUGGUGCCAGGGGCCCAGAGGAGCCCGGCCAGGCCACCGCCCACUCCUCUGAGAAGGCAGGGCCCAGCAAACUGAGAUCACCCUGGCAAGCAGCUGGGAUCUGCCCCCUGAACCCGUUCCUGGUGCCCCUGGAGCUCCUGGGCAGGGCGGCCACCCCUGCUAGGUGAGGGGCAGUGGCCACACCAGGCAUCCCCAUCUGGCCCUCAGUUCUGCUCGGCUGGCACUAGGUUGUCCUGAAGAUCCAGUCAUGGUAGAAGGUCCCUGAGACAGUGCUCAGAUGUGUGGGGUGACCCUCUAAGAUGUUCCAUAUGUCGGGAGUCUCCGAAAUGGAACCCCAGCUUUAAGGGGUUUGUUGGGGCAGCCAGGCGGCUGGGUUAACGGAGAAUGGGGGACAAGGGGACUCCAUGCACAAGCACUCUGACCUCCUGGACAGGUGGACAGGCAGGCAGAUGGGUGGGGCUGGCCUCCUCAUUUCCCCAAGCCCAGUUGUGCCUUGUUCUCUGCUGGGGGCAGUGGGGGACAUGGCUGGCACCAAGCACCAUAAACCCCCUUGCAUGGGGCCCCUGUUGCCUAGGCUUCCAUUUUUUCUGGUGCCCCCUUUCUUGCACCUCAGGGACCCGCAUUGCCUGGCUCUCUGCAACGGACCUGUCCCCAGUCUCCCCACCCUGCCAGCUCCCUGCCCCUUCCCCGGGCUAUCCCAUGACUGUGAAUAAAGGUCUCGCCAACCUGC